ACCAAUCCAGACUACCCACAACUGGUUUCCGUGACGAUUCGCUUCCUCAGCAGCCUUGGUCUACUCGUUGCACACUGCUUUUCAGGCGUUGGAGAUGAUGCGUCAAUCACUGGACACUAUUCUCCGACAGAAGCGGUGGGCUUCACUUUAUUACAGGACAAACCAAUCUGUCCGGAAGAAAAGAGCUCUUUUCCGUUGAGGUUGACCUUCCUCUGGUUUACCAGCUCCAUUAUUGAAGGCUGUAAACGCCCCACUACUUUUGACGAUUUAUGGCGUCUGAAUCCACGGUAUAUGAGCACCUACCUCAUUGGACGUGCUGAACGUUUCUGGGAUUCUCUGCUGGUUCAGAAACUAAAAAAACUCCACAAAGGACGCUAUGAAAGACUCCCGGCAGCCGAAACAGAUUUCCAGGUUCCUCCGAAAGGCUACCAACCAUCUUUGUUUGCCACAUUUGCUCGGACCUUUUGGAGGUUAUUCUUGACAGGAUUCAUCAUUCGUUUUGUUGGCGAUGCACUUUCUUUCGCUCAACCGCUUGUAAUCAGUGAACUGAUCACGUUCGUGCAAAUCAGCCAACCUGCAAACUUCAGCCAGAAUCCAGAUGAAACGGAGCCCACCUCGGUUGUGUAUGAGUGGCAUGGAUACUUCUUCGCCGUUCUUCUUCCGCUGAUUGGUUUUAUUCGUACCAUUCUGUUUCAACAGCAGUUUCACUACGCGUAUGUUUUGGGGAUGAAUAUGAGAGUGACGGCAGCGGGACUUGUAUACCGGAAGGCACUUCGUUUGUCCCAAAGUUCAAGACAAACGGCCACGGUUGGCGAAAUUGUCAAUCUUAUGGCAAUCGACUCACAACGAUUGGAGGAGGCGGGUGUCAUGAUCCACAUGGCUUGGUCAGCGCCACCCAUAAUUAUGGUUUCUUUGAUCAUGGUUUACUUGCAAAUGGGAUGGUCCGCACUGGCUGGCUUCGGUCUAGCUGUACUUCUGAUUCCCAUUAAUGUCGCGGUGGCCAGCAAGGCGAAAAUGUACCAAAUACAGUUAAUGAUGGUCAAAGAUGAUCGCAUCAAAUUACUGAAUCAGACUUUUGUUGGAAUCAAAGUUCUCAAGAUGUACGCCUGGGAACUGGCGUUUCAAGAUCGAAUAACAAAGCUGCGAGACAAAGAGGUCAACUUAAUUCGAAAAAUGGCUUAUCUGCGCUCAGUGAAUUCGGUCACUGCAUUUUGUGCACCAAUUCUCAUAUCGUUGGCUACCUUUGGAGCAUACGUUCUUUCGUCAGCGGACCAUGUACUAGACGCCAGACAGGUGUUUGUUUCUCUCUCGUUGUUCAACAUCAUGGCCUUCCCGCUGGCCAUGUUGCCCAAUCUGGUAGCCGUAGUGGUUCAAGCCGUAAUAGCUUUUAGGCGCAUUCAAAAGUUUUUGCUGAUGCCGGAACUCCAGUUUCAACAACGUGCACUCGAGUACACCGCUGCAGUCGAAAAUCAACGCGAUAUUGAAGAACCGGCAAUUUUUGUCUCCGAAGCGACAUUCGGUUGGGACAGCGAAACCGUAAUUUUCAACAAUUUGAACAUCAGCCUUUCGAAAGGGAGCUUCAAUGUUAUUAUUGGAGCGGUCGGGGCUGGCAAAUCGUCGCUGAUAUCCGCGAUCUUGGGAGAAUUGUAUCGCUACCGAGGGAUUGUCAGAACACAUGGCUCAAUAGCUUAUGUGCCUCAACAAGCCUGGUGUCUGAACACAACAGUGCAAGAGAACAUUCUAUUUGGUCAACUAAUGGAUCGCCCGUUUUACGAGAAAGUUCUACGAUGCUGUUGCCUCACUGAUGACUUGGAGCAGUUCCCGAAUGGGGAUCUCACGGAGAUAGGAGAACGGGUGAGUGGCGGAAAUUUCAGCCAUUUCCUUGCAUGUCGUCCAAAUAAUUACUACCACCUGGAUGUUCACUUGUUUUAUACAAGCGAGAGAUGGAGAAUCGUGGCAAGCUUAUUGGACAUAGAUUUGUUGGCACCAUCCGGAAUAAACCUUUCAGGUGGACAGAAACAGCGGAUAAGCCUUGCUCGAGCAGUAUACCAGAAAGCCGAUAUCUAUCUCCUUGAUGACCCUUUGUCUGCUGUUGACGCACAUGUGGCAAACGCUCUUUUCAGUCAGGUGAUUGGACCACAAGGUUUACUGAACCAGACUACGCGUCUUCUUGUCACCCACAGACUAAUCAACUUGGCACAAGCUGAUCAAAUUUUUACAAUUUGUCGAUCCAGUAUAUCCAGAGUGGCGUUUGGAGACUUAGGAAUUCGUCAGGACAGUCCUGCCUAUCAGACAAUCGAGUCGAGUGGCGAUUCCGGUUUGGGUUUUGCCACCGAGAGUUAUAUUGGCGAAAGUGGAACUCUGGCGGAACUGAUGGGACAUAAUGGACCAUUUGCUGCGUACAUGCGACAGUACCUUGCGGAGCAUCAAGACGCCGGAGAAGAACAAGAAAUCCCUCAGAAACGAUAUGAAACCGAUGAAAAUGGAGAUUUUGGAACGUGCUUGGUGCAGCCGGAUCAACUUAGCUUGCACGACUGCGAAAGUUUGGCCGCCUCAUCAGAAUUCACUUCCCAACAAGAUACAGAACUGAACAGAUUGCUGUCAGGUCGGCUGGUUGUCCAAGAACACGAAGAAACCGGAAGGAUUGCAUUUUCUGUCCUCAGUGCAUAUCGAUCAGCCUAUGGCAAUCUCCCCACCCUUCUUACUGUGGUUUCCUAUAUUCUAUUCAUCGUAUCUGUAAUCGGAAGCAACGUAUGGCUGAGCUAUUGGUCCCAGUCCGGAUCGAAAAGUGAUUCAGAAUCAGAGGACAAAGUUUGGGAACGCAAUUACUAUUUGGGCGUCUAUGGUGCCAUCGGCAUCGCACAAAGCAUUUUCACUCUGGUGAAGGUUUUGGCAUUGGUUUAUGGUUCAAGUAGAGCCUCCAAAGUGCUGCAUCUGAAGUUACUCGAAAACAUCCUGCGAGCUUCAUGCACAUUUUUUGAUACGACCCCCAGUGGUCGUAUUGUAAACAGAUUUUCAAGAGAUAUCGAUUCAGCAGAUCUCACGAUUCCAAUGAAUUUGCGCAUACUUCUUAUCACGGUGGCUGAUUUGGUUUCAUCCCUCGUCCUCAUCGCUAUCUCCAUACCAUGGUUCUUGCUGGUGCUCAUUCCCAUCUCCGCAGCGUUUACUGGCGUAUAUGUGCUCUACGUACGAACAAAUCGGCAACUCAAACGAAUUGAUUCGGUUCGUCGGUCACCCAUAUUUUCACACUUUCAAGAAACACUGAUGGGGGCAGCGUCGAUUCGAGCUUACAACCGCGUCCAACAGUUCACUGAAAAAUGUGACAGUUUGCUCGAUGAAAGUCAGAUGGCUCGAUACCCCAGUCUGGUUUGCUACCGUUGGCUGGGAGUGGUUGUCGAGUUUGUGGGGCAUUUUAUCACGCUCUUCGUGGGCCUUUUUGUCGUUGGCACCCGUGCUUCCAUUGGGUCUGGUUUUGCUGGACUAGCAAUCACAUUCACACUGAGAAUUUCGAACUCGUUAACCUUCAUCAUCCGAACCUUGGCGGAUUUGGAAGCAGAGUUCGUAUCUGUGGAAAGGAUAAUCGAAUACACCAAGGUUCCUCAAGAGGCUCCAUGGACCCUUCCUUCCGGAAGCGCGUUGCCUCAGAAUUGGCCUACCGCUGGUGAAGUUUUUUUUGAUAAAUACUCGACGCGCUACCGCCCGGGACUCGACUUGGUUCUCAGAAACAUCAACUUUCAUGUCAAAGGAGGAGAAAGAGUUGGUAUAGUUGGAAGAACGGGAGCUGGGAAAUCGUCGCUGACUGGUGCUCUUUUCCGCCUAAUUGAAUCGGUUGACGGUCGAAUCCUCAUUGACGGGUUGGACAUACGUCAAAUGGGACUCCAUGAUGUCCGAAAGAAUCUAACCAUAAUCCCACAGGAACCUGUCCUAUUUUCUGGAAGCUUGCGUUUCAACUUGGAUCCGGCGGGCAACUGGAGUGACGAUGAAUUAUGGAAUGCAUUGGAAAAUGCCCAUUUAAAGGAUUACUUUAUGGAACAGAGAGACCAGUUGGACUUUGAGUGUUCAGAAGGUGGGGAAAACUUGAGUGUUGGGCAAAGGCAAUUGGUCUGCUUGGCACGUGCUCUACUUGAGCAUAAUCAAAUACUGAUUUUGGACGAAGCCACGGCUGCCGUUGAUAUGCGCACCGAUGAACUAAUUCAGAACACGAUUCGUACGAAGUUCGCGGGCCACACCAUUCUGACUAUCGCCCACCGGUUGGAUACCGUCAUGAACUACGACAAAAUUCUUAUCCUCAGUCAGGGAUCAGUGGUCGAAUACGGCACACCGGAUUCAUUAUUAGCAAACAAGGAAUCCACUUUCAGUCAAAUGGCCAGGGAUGCAAAUUUAAUCUAGUUGAUGAGAGUUUCCCCCACUGCAACCAAUGCACUCGAUUGAUGUUGUGAUUACCAUCUUCUCGAUUUAAUAUGAUCUUUAAUUUGGCCCCAACUUUUGAGCAACAAUCUUCGGUCGCGACAAAAUUUUUGCACAUAUUUUGUUGCCUUCUUAGCUAUGAAGUAUUUUGACCAUUAUUCUUAGUUGUGUUGAUUCCGGAGAAUUGUGACUAGAAAGCAAAACCCAAGCGCAAA